AUGCCCGCUAUUAAUGAAUCGGAUUAUGGUUCGCUGAGCCAGACUCCGCACGGCAUUCUCAAGAUCUUGGGCGGCUAUGGCAAUGUCAGAGGCCCUGGACUGUUCAUGUUCCGGAGCAUGGUGGCCGGGACAUCCACGGCCAUGAUCAUGGGCCUCGCCAGCGGCAUCGUCAGCAGCGCCAUCUGGGGCACCGCCGCGCUGCCCUUUGUCAUCUUCUCCUCCAUCGGAUUCGCCGUCGGUAGCAUCCGCUGGUACGUGGUCUCGAGCCAGGAGGCGCUGCUGCAGCUGCAGCGCUACCCGGCGCUGCUCCGCAUGCACGUUGUCAGCAACUUCCCCUGGCUGCCCGAGUACGCGCGCCACGGGCCGUCGUGGUACACGCCGCAGCGGUUCGGCACGGGGUGGGUGCGGCGCAGCAUACUGAUCGCCAGCUGGCUGUCAGCGCAGCCCGCGCUGGAUGAGAUCCAGAAGCAGGCCGAGGAAGCCCUCGUGCAGGAGUAUGCGGAGGGAAGGGUUCAUGUGCAGGAUGAGGACAGAAAAUAA